UCUUUGGCAGGAGAGAGACCAGACUCUCACUCUGACAGCAGUAAGAGUCCUUCAGAGGAACCAGACCCAGAGACUCCCAAACCAGUGAGACGACUCGACUGCUCCAAGUGUAAUAAGAGUUUCAAGUUGUCAUUGAACCUAAAAGAGCAUGAGAGAAAACACACAGGACGAAAGCCUUUCCACUGCUCCCAGUGUGGAAAGAGAUUUUCACGGUCACAGAACCUAAAAAAACAUAGUAGAAUACACACAGGAGAAAAGCCUUACCACUGUUCCCAUUGUGGAAAKAAUUUUAGGUUGUUGGAUAAGCUGAAGGAGCAUGAGAGGACACACACAGGGGAGAAACCCUACCAUUGCUCCUUGUGUGGAAAAAGUUUUUCCCAGUUAGCUAACCAAAAAGAGCAUGAAAGGAAACACACCGAAGAAAAGCCUUUCCAAUGUUCCCAGUGUGGAAAGAGAUUUUCCCGAUCACAGAACCUAAAAAUACAUCAGAGGACACACGCAAGGGAGAAAACGUAUCUCUGCUCCCAGUGUGGAAAGUGUUUUACCCAGUUAUGGAGCCUGAACAAACAUAAUAGAAUACACACAGGAGAAAAACCUUACCACUGUUCCCAUUGUGGAAAGAGUUUUGGGUUGUUAGGUAACCUAAAAGAGCAUGAAAGGAAACACACAGGAGAAAAGCCUUUCCAAUGUUCCCAUUGUGGAAAGAGAUUUACACGAUCACAGCAACUAAAAUCACAUGAGAGGACACACACAGGGGAGAAACCAUACCACUGCUCCCAGUGUGAAAAAAGUUUUGCGCAGUUAGCGAGCCUGAACAAUCAUAAGAGAAUACACACAGGAGAAACGCCUUACCCCUGUGCCCAUUGUGAAAAGAGAUUUUCACGACCACAGGAACUAAAAUCACAUGAGAGGACACACACCGGGGAGAAACCUUACCACUGCUCCCAGUGUAAAAGGAGUUUUUCGCUGUUAGGGAGCCUGAACAAACAUAAUAGAAUACACACAGGAGAAAAGCCGUACCAUUGUGCCCAUUGUGGAAAGACCUUUUCAAGAUCACAGGACCUAAAAUCACAUGAGAGGAUACACACAGGAGAAAAGCCUUACCCCUGUGCCCAUUGUGGAAAGACAUUUUCACGAUCACAGGACCUAAAAUCACAUGAGAGGACACAUACUGGGGAGAAACCUUAUCAUUGCUCCCUGUGUGGAAAGGAUUUUUCUCAUUUAGGGAGCCUGAACAAACAUAAGAAGGCAAUGCACUCUUGAGUGAAGCCUUACCCAUGUUCCCAUUCCCAGGCUCUGUUCUGACUUAUGUUUGAUUGUUGUUUUAUGCCACAUUAAAUAAUAUUGUUUAUAUUGUGGCAAAGAAGGGGGUCGAGUGAUAUAUGACAGCAGAACUAAUAAACGGGCUCUGCCCGAUCACUAAAAUAGCCACCCCGAUCAGAACUACAGAUCACAAAAUGGCCGACUGCCAAAACUCCCAGAAGCAAGGGGAACCCUCAGAAGGUGGAGCCGACACACAGAUAAAGAGUCAAGAAAAAGCAGGAAGAGGAAGAGAGGGCUGGAAGGAUCUAUGAACCGUAGAGAAAGAGACAAUAGAUAUUGGCUGGAUUUACCUGUAUGACCUGGGACUGUUUUGGACUUACCUGUUGGCGUUUGGACCUGGACCUACCGAGAACCCGAUUCGUGUACCGAAC